AUGCAUGACUCAAUUCUGCACGAAACGGACUCCGACAUUGCCCCGGAGGAUCUAAGGAGCAACACCUCUGCGGACGGCAGUGGCCAUAGCUUGAAUGAAUCAGGACCGUCAACACCGCUUCAUCCCGCAAACAAUGUCACAGUCAAACCAUACGCCAUCGAAGAGCCCGGCGAUGAGCCGGACGAUGAGCCGGACGAUGAGCCGGACGGUGACCCAGCUCCGGUCGCCCAGAAAAAACUACCUUGUCUUCCGGACAAUUUUGAACGCUGGCAGCGUGAACUGGCCGAUUCCAUGAAUAAUCUGGACUCGACCACCGACGUGGCCACCGACUCUUCCCACGCAUGGGCCCAUCCAAGUAGUCCCAAGAGAGGCAAGAAGAGAAAGCCAACCGGCACAGGCCCCCUCCACCCUCUGAACAGCCACCCGUUCAGAUCGCGAAACAAAUCACAUGAGACCCGAGCUACAGGACUCUGCCCCAAGAGACGACGACGCAGCAAACACCCCAAGGAAGAUAAUCCCGUGUCGCUGCACGAUUUCCGAGAAGCUAGAGAAGCCCAAUCGAGCACCAGCUCGAGCUCUGACAUGCGAUCGACCGAUAUGAGCAGCACGGAGACGAUGAAUGAUACUCCGCUGGGCGACGAGAUGGACAUUGACUGA